GACGGACCUCUCCUCUUCAUCCUCCUCCUCCUUACCCUCUGCCGCCGCUCCGGCAGUCUCGCAGCGGGGCAGGGCGCACUUCCCCAGCACCGCUCCGCUCCGCACCUGCACAGACAGACCCACCGACGGACUCGCGGCUCCGUGGCGGCCAUGGAGCACCGCGGCGCCUCCCCGCUCCUCCUCGCCCUCGCCCUCCUCAGCGCGCUCUGCUGGCGGGCGCGGGCUCUGCCCCCACGGGGAGCCGCCUUCCCUCCCUUGCCGCGAUUGGGAAACAGAAUGCCAUUUGAUGGAGCCAGUGAACCUGAUCAUGCCCAUGGGUCAUUAAAAUCAGAAUCAGACAUUUUGCAGAACACACUACCUGAAAAUGAGAAAUUCUAUUUUGAUCUGUCCAGAAUUAUUGAUAGCUCUCAGGACAGUCCUGUCAAACGCCAUUCUGAUGCUGUCUUCACCGACAACUACAGCCGCUUUCGAAAGCAGAUGGCUGUGAAGAAAUACUUAAACUCAGUUUUAACUGGAAAAAGAAGCCAGGAAGAGCUAAACCCUGCUAAACUUCGAGAUGAAGCAGAACUUCUUGAACCUUCCUUCUCAGAAAACUAUGAUUCUGUAGAUGAGCUGUUGAGCCACCUCCCAUUGGACCUCUGAAGGACACCUGGUAAAGUCUAUGACAAGAACAAGUUAUUUUUGAGUUCCACAUAGUAUUUCAAAGAGAUGACUUUAGUCAUCAAACCAGAACAAAUAUGUUGUGAAGUGACAGUUGUGAUAUAUUUGUUUCUUAUGUAAUAAAAGUUGAUAUUUACAUUGUAAAUAUUACUCUAGAGUUCUCUACUGAAAGCUGUACAUAUGGAUGCCAGUUUAACUUAUGAGAAGUCUGUGAGUCCAUAUGCUGUAAAUCCUUUCCUUCAAUAAAUUCAUUUGAAAAUGA